GAUCGGUAGUGAGCCCGGUCAACACUUGACAAUACUAAUAAGUAAUAAUAUGUUGACUGAGAUGAGUUGAGAGGUAGUCUAAUAAUAAAAGGAGAAAACUGAGGGACUGAGAUGUUCUGAAGUCAACUAAAAAAUAUCAUAACGAGAAAGCCAUGACCUGUAUCGCUCCGGGAGUUUCCCUUCGACUUGAAGGUGUUGACGGAGAAUUUGAUAUUAUAUGUCGGAGUUUAGGGUUGUCUGGACCGGAGGAUUUCUCCAUUCCGGCGGCGGCUUGGGAGGCGAUGAAGGCUCGGUCUUCGUCCGAACUCAAUUCCGGCAGCAGUGGUAUUAAAGGAGUUAGUCCGUCUAUGCUUAAGCCGCCACCAGGGGUUGUGGUUUCUGCUGUGGAUGACAUGUGUUCGAAGUGGGAUAUACUGAGAGAUUUAGCUCCGGAAGGGGAAAGAAAAGAGGGAGAAGAAGAGGAAGAGAAAGAGAAGAUAGAUGAAAUAGAAGAAAAAUGGGAAGUUGGUGAAGUGGCAAAGAAAAGAGGAGAGACUAGCUCGACAUGCUCAUCGUGGGAUCUAUUGAGGAAUUCUAUUUCUAGCUCAACAUGCUCAACAUGGGAUCUUUUGAUGGAUCUUUCUUCGGAAGGGGAAGUUGGUGAAGUGGCAAACCAAAGGGGGGAUACUAGGUCGAAUAGUAUAUUUUCUAAUGUGAGAUUGAAGUCACUUAUUACUCCCGGGAGUUGGCAAAAGGGUGAGCUUUUGGGCCGCGGUUCAUUUGGAACUGUAUAUGAAGGAAUUUCUGAAGAUGGAUUCUUUUUUGCUGUAAAACAAGUUUCACUGCUUGAUCAUGGGAGUCAGGGAAAGCGAAGUGUCGUUCAACUGGAGCACGAAAUUGCACUUCUGAGUCAGUUUGAACAUGAGAAUAUUGUUCGAUACAUUGGCACUGAAAUGGAUGAAUCAAAUCUAUAUAUCUUUAUCGAGUUUGUAACCAAAGGUUCCCUUUUAAGCCUAUAUCGGAGGUAUAAACUUCGAGAUUCCCAAGUAUCUGCUUAUACGAGACAGAUUCUGCAUGGUUUGAAGUAUCUUCAUGAUCGCAAUGUUGUUCACAGGGAUAUUAAAUGUGCAAAUAUAUUGGUUGAUGCAAAUGGAUCUGUCAAGGUUGCAGAUUUUGGAUUAGCAAAGGCAAUUAAACUGAAUGAUGUUAAAUCAUGCCAAGGAACACCAUUCUGGAUGGCACCAGAGGUUGUAAGAGGAAAAGUUAAAGGUUAUGGACUUCCGGCUGAUAUAUGGAGUCUAGGAUGCACUGUGUUGGAGAUGUUAACUGGGCAAGUUCCAUACUCUCCUAUGGAACGUAUCAGCGCAAUGUUUAGAAUUGGAAAAGGUGAACUACCUCCAGUGCCUGAUACUCUUUCAAGAGAUGCACGCGAUUUUAUUCUGCAGUGUCUUAAAGUUAAUCCAGAUGAUCGUCCCACUGCGGCUCAACUCUUAGAUCACAAAUUUGUCCAGAGGUCAUUCUCCCAGUCCUCUGGCUCAGCGUCUCCACAUAUUCCGAGAAGAAGUUAAAUAAACUUGUCAUGUGCAACUUUUCAUGACAUCUGAAUUAUUAGUCUUUUCUAAAAAACUAUUGUUAUGACUGUCCAUCCUUUCAAGAAUUUUAUUCAUAACUCAUAAUAUCUAUUGGAUGGAGAUAAACAACAAAUAUUAGAUGCUUGAAGUGCUAGUUUCUGCUGAAUUGAAUGCACAUACGAUGCAUGCUUUAUUUAAAUUGGGUGGAGCUCAACUGUGUUCUAACCAUAUUUUGGUGACAAACAUUCUUCCUAAAAAAUUAUUAC